GCUACUAUGUACAUCAGUAGGUCAUCACAUGACCUAAAGCUGGAUUUUCCUGGCAAUUCCCCUUCUCUUUCACUCUCUCUCUCUCUCUCGCUCUGGUUUGCUGUCUUCCACCCCGCCUCCUCUCUCUCUCUCUCUCUCUCUCUCUCUCUGUGUGUGUGUGGCUCUCAGGUCUCUCAGUUCUUGGAGCGGCUGGUUCAGGAUGGAUGUCUCAUAUGCACACAUGCCAUCGCUGAGCUCCGGACCCCGCUGCGUCCUGUCAGCAGUGUGCGCGUGAGUGUGUGAGUGUGCGUGCGUGCAUGUGUGUGUGUGUGUGUUGUGUGAGUGAGAGUUGCGGGGGAGCACCGGUCAUGUAAAGGCGCGUGUGUGUGUGUUCUGGGGCAGAUCUCUUUGGAAUCUCUCACUCUGGAUGUGUAAGGAUCACAGCAGGACUGACUGACUGACCGUAUGGUGUUACACGGAGAAACUUCCAGCAUGGCAGACCCUCUCUCCAGACUCACAUCAGUUCUCGCGCCCUGACGGACUCCAGCUGCACUGAGAGGGAAGACAUGUGCUGGACAUCUCUCCCUCCCCUUCAUCAUCAUCAUCAUCAUCACCACUGAUCCGUGUCUGGAGGAACCAUGGUGAGCAAGGACGCUGGUAAAUGCCCGCUCACCAACUCUGAGUCAGACUCGGAGGCAACGGCAGCAUCCAUGGCCCUGGAGGUCAAAGGAUCAUUGGAUGAAAGCCGGCAGGUGCGCAAGCGCAACAAAGCCCUUCAGGUGCGCUUCAAGGACAUCUGCGAGGCGCAGAAUGAACAGGCUGCUGCGGCCCGAGGGGGGAAGCCGGUCUACAAGGUGGCGUACCGCAAGUACAUGACUGUCCCAGCUCGUAGAUCAAUCCCCAAUGUCACCAAAAGCACCGGAGUCCAAACAUCACCGGACCUUAGGAAGCGUUACCAGACUUUUCCAUUUGAGAGGAAGAAAGGACAUACGGUCAAGCAUGCCGCUGUGGUGGAGAGCUGUAAGGACCAGGACGAUGGGUUUGUAAUUGAUGUAAAGAGGGCGAAAGCUACCGAGGCAGGUAGGGAGUGUGUACCCACUCAAAAUGUGAGGAAAACAAAAGCAUUAAUGCACACCAGCAAGUGUGUCGCAACCAUAGAGCAGCAUCCACAAGCCAGGGACUAUCUGAAGAGAACAGAUGGGCCUUGCUCGGACGCUCUGGUUCUCCCUUGUCCGACAGAUGGGUCAACAGCAGGUACGGAAAACUCGGACUAUCAGAUCUGUAGCGUCAGAAGUAAACACAGUAAGGGCUUUCAGGGAGACUCUGAAACUCUUGAUCGCUCAGGCAAGCUGCAUUUACUGAACUCUGGGGAGAGCGGUGGGAAUAUUCUAGAGGAUUCCUCCUCCAAAGUGACAGGACCCAUCGCGUGGAACUCCCUCACGCAGGUGGAGUGCCUGGAGAGUCCAUCCGAGCGGACCAAACGCAAGAAGACUCUGCAGCUCAAUGGCCUGCAGUCACAGACACUGCCACGGACCAGGUGCACUACGCAGGUCCAGUGUCACGUGGGCACGCUGUCCGCUCGACCGCUGGGGGCCGUGGAUGCGGCAGUGCCAUUGACCCCAGCCUCUUCUACAGCCGUUCCCAUGCCAGCGCCUCCAUGCAGGGGCGGCACAGGAUCAGGAACUCUACAGACUGAUAAUGAGGUGUGCAAGCAGAUAGUGCCUGUCAAUCAGGAUGGGGAAGUUAAAGCGCAGCUCCAAGCCAUGGAAAACAUGAUCAGCUCCAGCCAGGAAACGAUCAAAGUGCUACUGGGUGUCAUUCAGGAGCUGGAAAAAGGAGAAGCUCACCGAGAAGGGCUCUCCUAUCGGACCGGACAGGACACGGCCAACUGCGACACGUGUCGGAACAGCGCAUGCAUUAUUUACAGCGUGGAGCUGGACUUCAAACUGCAGGAAGAUAAGCUCCAGCCUCUGAUGAAGAGACUGUGUCCCACCGAGGAGUCCCCGUUCCCCCCUCUGACGUAUCCUCAGGAGACCAUCGGCUCCACGCCCAAACGCAAGUCCAAAGCGGAGGCCAAGAAACACGCGCGCUGGAAACUCUGGUUUCUGUGACCGCUGGAUUACAUACACAGCUUCCCAUCAUAUUUUCAGUACAGGAGUUCAGCAACAGAAUGCAUCGCUACAGGAGCAUCUGUUCACUUGCUUUGUUUUCCGAUCAGGAUGAUUCAGGAAAAUCCUAUCAGAAUGAUUUUAGUUUUUGACCCUUUGGUACUUUAUGGAUGCAAGUACUGAACUAGGUUUGGAAAUAUUGCAGCUAGUAUUAAUAUAAAAAAUAUAUGUGUAUAUUUAACAGAAUAAUGGAAUUUUCUCCUGGAAAAAAAAGGAAUAAUGAGACUAUUUCCCUCAUGGAAACUGGAUCGAUAAAAAAUCUUGCUUUGCAAAGUUUUUUUUUUUUUUUUUUUUGUUAUCCUGCUAAAGGUUUGGAAAAUCAGAUGGAUUUAAAACACAAACAGGACACAAACUUUUUUUCUUCAUUUCGGUCUUCUCUUCCUCACGGAAACCACAGCAUUAAAUGGAAGCACAACUCUUCAGAUGCACUGGAUGAUGUUUCCCACAGAGGACUUUAUGGAUCUUACCCGAUAUCAAGAACGGAAAACUUCCUCGAGGACUUGAAUAUCCACAGCCCAAACCGGUGAAGUCACAACAAACGCACUAUAGAGGAUUUACACAGAAAUAAUCUUACAAGCCUCUGUGAAUUCAUAUAAACUUUCAUUAACUAUUAUUACCAGGAAAAAAAAUAAGGAAGAAAAGUGUGACUUAUUUUUGUAGAUUCGUAAUUAUCAUAUUUAAAGAUUUUCUAGAUGCACUACAUGUAUAUACUUCUCUCACUUAUUGGAUUAUUGGAAUUUUAAGAAGCAUUUUCAACUCUGUUAAUUUGAAAUCAUUUAAUUCCAAUUAAUGUUCUUCUAUAGAGUGCAUUAGUGUCAUCCACUUUUUCAACAACGUUGGUUCUGGAAGCAAUUUUCCAUUCAUUUUCCCAUAGGGAUUUUAAAAAAGUCUGUCAAAACAUUGCAAGCCAUAAAACAAACCAUCCAGCUACAACAUUACAAACUCUGAUUUGAAAAAAUUUAAUAUUUGAAAAUCUGAGAAAAAGGCAAAGAUGUGUGUACUUAAUGGCUUUAGUGAGGGAAAGGACUACAAUCCCAUGAAGCAUUGUGAAUUAGAUAAUCAAAUUAAAUAAGAAAAUAUAUAACUAUACACUUGAAGUUGUUGAUCAGAAACAAUAUAUUUUAAUAUACAAUAUAAAAUAGUCUGCAAUCUUUUGGCGAGAUUUGCUCGUUGUGAUUCUAUGAUUGGAAUUUUCUGUAAAGCAUCAUGGGUAAUGUAGUUUUGUUUUUUGUUUUUACCAGAAAUCUCCACUGUUUACCAUGAUUAUUUAAAACAUAAGUUGAAAUUCUGCAGACUGAUGGCUCAAAAGCUUAUAUCACCUAUUAACAACUUCUGAGUUUACAGUAGGUCAGUUCUAGCUA